UGGGAUAUCACUGUACAGCUCACUUUAACUUAACAGCUUCUUCAAACUCCCCCCCUCCCUUCCCAUUAUACAUCAACCACUUCUCUUCUCUCUUCACUCUCCCACCACCACCUCCACCAUCACAAAAUGCCAUAACCACCGCCACCUCCACCGCCACCGCCACCACCACCUCCAAGAACCCAACACAAAAAUGGGGUCCUGCACAUCAAAGCCACCAAAACCAAACCCAUACGCACCCCAAGAAGAACUCCAAAACCAACCUGAAAAUGACCAAUCAAACUCAAAAUCACCAUUUCCAAACAUAAAACUCUCACCUUUUUUCCCAUUCUACACACCAAGUCCUGCCCAUCUCUUCAAGAAAUCACCUUCAACAGGUUCAACUCCAGGCCACCGGAAUUCUAAUGCUAAUUCAACUCCUAUGAGGAUCUUCAAGAAACCAUUUCCUCCGCCGUCUCCGGCCAAGCACAUUAGAGCAGUUCUUCGGAGAAGAGGACAGAAAAAUAAGAUGAAAAAAACAGGUUCAAUUCCUGAAGAUAGUGAAGAUGAUGGUGUUGAGUUGGAUAAAAGAUUUGGAUUCUCUAAGGAGUUUAGUAGUAGAUUAGAGGUUAGUGAUGAAGUGGGGAGAGGUCAUUUUGGUUAUACUUGCUCUGCUAAGUUCAAGAAAGGUGAUAAGAAAGGACAGCAAGUUGCUGUUAAAGUCAUUCCCAAAUCAAAGAUGACAACAGCUAUUGCAGUUGAGGAUGUGAGAAGGGAGGUUAAAAUAUUAAGGACUUUAGGAGGACAUGGAAAUCUCGUACAGUUCUAUGAUUCUUUCGAAGAUGUCGAUAAUGUGUAUAUAGUAAUGGAGUUAUGUGAAGGAGGCGAGCUACUAGAUAAAAUACUUUCAAGGGGUGGGAAAUAUCCAGAGGAUGAUGCAAAAUCUGUCUUGGUGCAGAUUCUAAAUGUUGUUUCUUUUUGUCAUCUACAAGGUGUGGUGCACCGAGAUCUUAAACCAGAGAACUUUCUGUAUACUUCUAAGGAAGAGAACUCUCAGCUAAAAGUCAUAGACUUUGGCUUAUCGGAUUUUGUCAGGCCAGAUGAAAGGCUUAAUGACAUUGUGGGAAGUGCAUACUAUGUGGCCCCUGAAGUCCUUCACAGAUCUUAUACUACAGAGGCCGAUGUGUGGAGUGUAGGUGUCAUAGCAUACAUCCUACUAUGUGGCAGUCGUCCAUUUUGGGCCCGGACCGAGUCUGGAAUUUUCCGGGCAGUUUUGAAAGCUGAUCCAAAUUUUGAGGAAGCACCUUGGCCUUCUUUAUCUCCUGAAGCAAAAGACUUUGUCAAACGUCUAUUAAACAAGGACCCCAGGAAGCGAAUGAGUGCUGCACAGGCUUUAAGUCAUCCUUGGAUACGAAAUCAUAAUGAUGUAAAAGUACCUCUUGAUAUCUUAGUUUUCAGACUCUUGAAGACCUAUAUGCGCUCAUCUUCUUUGCGUAAGGCUGCUAUAAGGGCAUUGUCUAAGACCUUGACUGCAGAUGAACUCUGUUAUCUUAAGGCGCAGUUCGCAAUAUUAGAGCCAAACAAAAAUGGGACUGUAACCUUGGAAAACUUUAAAAUGGCCUUGAUGAAAAAUUCAACAGAUGCUAUGAAGGAUUCACGCGUUCCUGAUUAUCUCUCCUCACUAAAUGCACUUCAGUACAGAAGAAUGGAUUUUGAUGAAUUUUGUGCAGCUGCUUUAAGUGUUCAUCAGCUGGAGGCUCUUGAUGGGUGGGAGGAGUACGCCAAUCGUGCAUAUGACAUCUUUGAAAAAGAAGGAAAUAGGGCAAUCGUUAUAGAGGAACUUGCUUCAGAACUCGGACUUGGUCCCGCUAUUCCAGUUCAUGCUGUUCUUAAUGACUGGAUAAGACAUACCGAUGGGAAGCUUAGCUUCCUUGGAUUUGUGAAAUUAUUGCAUGGUAUAUCCAGCCGAACUGUAGCAAAGGCUCAAUGAUGAUUUAGACGCGUGUUCUAAUCUGCAUUUCUUGUCGAGUAAUAGGUUCGAAGUGCAUUUCUUGUCGAGUAUGGAUGAAACUCUCGAGUCUUUAUCAGUGGUUCCACGGCCCCAUUCACUGCAGAUUUAGAGUCUCCGGAGUUCGAUUCUUGAAGGAGCAAGAAUUGAGUAUGAUUGACUCAAUUUACAUACAUAGAAAAAGAGAUCACUAGUAUUAUGUUGUAAAGAUAUAUAGUAUAGUCUUGCAUUCUAACACUCAGUUACCAUUAUUGAUGCUUUAUAAUAUAUACAUAUUCUAUUUCUUCCA